UCAUUGAUACUACUCAAAGGCAAAGAAAACAUGGAUAAAAGAUGGAGUCUUCAAGGUAUGACUGCUCUUGUAACCGGUGGAGCCAUCGGAAUCGGGCAUGCUAUAGUAGAGGAGCUAGCUGGUUUUGGAGCUAGAAUCCAUGUGUGUGACAUAUCUAAAACACUGCUCGAUCAAAGUUUAAGCGAAUGGGAAAAGAAAGGGUUUCAAGUGAGUGGUUCAAUAUGUGAUGUAUCCUCUCACUCCGAGAGGGAAACACUUAUGCAAACUGUCUCAAAGCUGUUCGAUGGCAAGCUGAACAUUCUUGUGAACAACGUUGGUGUAGCUCGUACGAAGCCAACAAUAGAAUAUGUGGCGGAAGAUUUCUCGUUCCACAUGUCAACGAACUUGGAAUCUGCUUUUCAUCUUAGCCAACUUUCACAUCCUCUCCUUAAAGCUUCUGAGUUUGGAAGCAACAUCUUUAUUUCCUCUGUUGGAGGAGUUGUAUCGAUGGAGUGUGGAUCCAUCUAUAGUUUAACGAAAGGUACAUUAAAAAAAAAAAAAAAAACUUUGGCAUGUGAAUGGGCAAGAGAUGGCAUACGAACCAAUUCUGUUGCUCCUAAUUUUAUCUAUUCUGCUAUGGCUGAACCUGUAAUUAAUGACACUCGACACCAUUUUUUUUUCUUUUUAAUGGUCAAUUAACAUUAUACACUUUUGACUACUAUGUCUUACAAUCUUGUAAAAAAAAAUCAGGCUUUGGAAGACGCAGGUUACAAGAACAGUUUGUUUAGUAGAACUCCACUUGGUCGCGCUGGAGAACCAAAAGAGGUUGCAUCACUUGUGGCUUUCCUUUGUCUACCUGCAGCUUCAUAUAUUACUGGUCAGUCCAUAUGUGUUGACGGAGGCCUCACUGUCAAUGGUUUCUCCUAUCGGCCACAGGCUUGAACCAAUGACGCAGCGUACAACCUAUAAUAAAUGUGAUCUAUUUGAAACUAUAUAUAUUAAAUAAAUGAGAAUAUAUGUUCUAAAAGUAUUAAUGUAAUAUGGGUAUGGUGAAUGUA